CGCGCGCUGUCUCCCCACUCUCGGGUGGAAUGAGCGGUUCUCGCCGGUUAACCGAGCAGCGGCAGCAGCAGCAGCAGCGGCGGUGGCGGCACUGGCUCUGGCUCUGAGGUAGAGGCUGCUUGAGGACCGAAUGUCGCACUGACUUCUGAGGGGACUCUCAGCCGAGACGGGGACGAGGACAGGGAGGCUGUUAGGAUGGCUUCAAACUUCAACGAUAUAGUGAAGCAGGGCUAUGUGAGGAUUCGGAGUAAGAAACUGGGGAUCUUCAGACGAUGCUGGCUUGUAUUCAAGAAGGCGUCCAGUAAAGGACCACGUCGAUUAGAGAAAUAUCCAGAUGAAAAAGCUGCUUAUUUCAGAAGCUUUCACAAGAUAACUGAGCUCCACAACAUUAAGAACAUUACUCGAAUGCCACGAGAGACCAAGAAACAUGCAGUGGCAAUUAUUUUCUGCGAUGAGACGUCAAAGACAUUUGCCUGUGAGUCAGAGCUGGAGGCCGAGGAGUGGUGGAAGUUAUUGUGUUUGGAGUGUCUGGGCAGCAGACUUAAUGACAUCAGCCUGGGAGAACCGGACUUGUUAGCAGCAGGGGUGCAGAGGGAACAGAACGAAAGAUUUAAUGUUUACUUGAUGCCGACCCCAAACCUGGACAUCUACGGAGAGUGCACAAUGCAGAUCACCCACGAGAACAUCUACCUUUGGGACAUCCAUAACGCCAGAGUAAAGCUGGUCAUGUGGCCGCUCAACUCCCUGAGGAGAUACGGCAGAGACUCGACCUGGUUCACGUUUGAGUCUGGAAGGAUGUGUGAUACAGGGGAGGGCUUGUUCACGUUCCAGACCAGGGAAGGUGAGAUGAUCUAUCAGAGAGUUCACUCUGCCACGCUGUCCAUCGCUGAGCAACAUGAACGCAUGAUGAUGGAGAUGGAGAAGAGCUCACAGACUCUUUCAAACGAGAGCACAUUAACAAAGUCGAUAUCUCUCCCGCGAAGCGCUUACUGGCACCACAUCACGCGUCAGAACAGCGUGGGAGACAUCUGCAAUUACCAAGGUACGAGCUUGACUAUGACGCUCAUUCCGCGGGCCCAGACGUUUCAGAGCUUUCUUUCCGAGCAGACGGAGGAGGAGCGGAACCGGGAGCAAGCGACGGCGGCCUCCAGCGGCUGCGACAGGGACUGCGGCGGCUCGCCGCUCCGUUGACUGCACGGUCACGGUCACGGCUCGACGGAAGCCACGACUCGCGGACAUUCCAAAGCUUUAGGAAGCUCGUAAUAGACACAUGUACAGUACGAACUCUCUCUAUAUAUGUAUGUAUAUGUACGACUUAAUAAUUAUUUGUAGAACGGUGUGUAUACUGAAGACUCUAGGAGCCUCUUUUUGUACGUCGAAGAAAAAAAAAAUGCCAAAAAGUUGUACCAUAAUCUUUAUUUUCCUUGUGUGGUUUAAGACAAAUGAACUUUCUGCAGUUAUUUUUCAGAUUUACUGUAAAUAUUAAUGCGCUGUAGCUCUUAACUCCACAAGUUUCUCGCAUUUUUGCCUGUCGUCGUGACACCCGCUUAGAUUCUCUCAGACAAGAUCUAGCUAGACUAUCUGUUUCUUUUAGCACCCUGCACUUUUAAAUUAGAGCUUGUUUUGCACUUUUCCCAUUUGCUUUGGGUUUCAAUAUGUGACCCUGGACCACAAAUGAGCUAUAUAUGAGCUUUCCAUUGAUGCACGGACGACAUUUGCCUGAAAAAAUACAAAUCUGAAAUCUGAGGGUGGUAAAAACAAAACAAAACAACAACAAAAAAAUCAAUAAAACCUUACAAGUCGUCCAAAUGAAGUACUUAAAAAUACAGUUUUGAUGCAUUUAUGGUGUACAAAAUAUCUUCACGAAACAUGAUCUUUACUUAAUAUCCGAAUUAUUUAUGUAAAUGUGGCCCAUACAAUGUGCUGUUGGCUACAAAUAUGCCCCGUGCUACCUGGUUUUGUGGUCCGGGGUCACAUAUGUGCAGCCAUAAUGUCUGUAGAUGCGUGCAGUGUGGGAAACGGGGAAAAAAUGUAUACUUUUAAAGGGAUAGUUCACCCAAAAAUACAUAUUCUGUUCACUUUCGGAACUGGUACCGCUUGCUUUCUUCUGUGGAACACAACAGGAGAUAUUUUGAAGAAUGCACGUUUCCAAAGAAAAGCACUAAAAUCGAAUCAUAAGUGUCCACAAUACUUGAUUACGAAUCUUACGAACAGGCGAGCGCGACGAACAGGUCCAAGUUAAAGCGGUUAAAUCGUUUAGCUCGCCAAUGAAUCGGUCGAUCUAGUUCACAAAAACAGCCUGAACGAUUCGUUUACUAUAACACGUUUGCAAAUAGUCGCUUUGGGAAACACAUUUUUUUUUUUUGGAUGAACUAUUCCAUCGAAUCGUUCCCUCCUUAUUUUGUGUUAAAUUAAUUUCUGCGUCUACACACUGGACGAGAGGUUCGGUUCAUCUGGAUCUUCUCACACUGCAGAAGAAGUGCCUUCAGACUCUGCUAGACCGAGACUCUGGCUAGAACGCUGAUUAAAUUAGAUUCCUGCUAGCCAUCCAACAUGUUUAGAACCGAAUUACGUUUAUUCGUCGUCACCGCAUUUGUCUAAAAGCGGAACGUAAUGUGUAUUCUCUGCUUUUCCAAUAACUCUACUGAAUGGGUUUCAAAGGUUCAAAUGGCCUUGUAUAAACGGCGGAUGAUGGAAGUGUGCACAGAAACGGCAUUCAGUGCGACAAUCAAUUCAGAUUUAUUCAUCCAUAAAACACCUUUAAAUGACUGUUGUUGUUUUGUCUGAUUGUGCUAGAAAACCGGUUUCAAACAGAAUAACGUCACCAACUCGUGACCUGAAGCUAAAGGUUUGAGAAGCACAUGAAGAAUCCCUCCCCUCCUGUUUCCACGUGUAAUUAUUUACUCACAAUUCAUUCUAGUCAGCGUUUAGUAGCACUUGAAUGUGAAUGAACCUCUGUUUUAUUGCAGUGUGUGGCGUCCUUCAUCUGAAAUGUCUUCACAAAAGAGAAUUCCCUUUUCUAAGGGGGACUUCGAAGGGAUAUUUGGUCAAACACUGCGUUUCAAUCCACAAUAUUCCGAGAUGUUGCCGGCUAUGAACGUUACGUAGAAAUUCCCUUUGGGUUUUUAGGAAUCACUUCUUGAAUAAUGUCUUUCUGGUUGUGUUCAAGCGUUUGCACAGGUUUCGGUUUGCGUGUGCUUCUUUGUAAUUGUAUGUUUUUUUUUAAAAUCCAUGUUUUAUUUUAUGGCAUUAAGUAGAAUUUUGUCCUGUGUGGAUAUGUCAAUGUUUACUGAGUAAAAUAAACUGAAUGGACUUUA